AUGAGUCCUUGGAUAUUAUGGAGUGCGCUGUCGGGCACAGCGAGAUUGUCGACGGUUCUUCAGAUCUUGCUGUAUCUUCCCCUUACUCUUGCAACCCUCUCUGUUCCUGCAUUUCUCCUGCUCUCCCUGCUUCUCUCAACACAUUCGCUUAUCCAUGGAACCAUGAUCCUUUUCUGGGGCUCUGAGGCGUUGUCCGUCAUGCAAGUUCCGAUGCAUCCCUUCCUGCUCCUUGUAUCCUUCAAUGCCUUUUCUGCAUCUGUGCACCCUUACCUCACGACUGCCGUCUCUUGGUGGGGGAAGCUGUUAACUUUCUUCGGACCAUCGUAUGUGGCUUUGGAAGGCCUUUCAAGCCUAUUAUGUGUCCAACGAGCUGGUCAAUUAGGGAGAGAGCUCGCCGAUGAAGCAGAAAGCUAUCAGCUUUCCAUUCUCGUUGCAUCCGCGGCUGCAUACGUCGUCGCAGCUUGGUGGAUAGCUGUGGCUUAUCCUGCCGCAGCUUCAUCUCCUCUGUCCGCAACCUUGCUCGGAGUGGCAUUGACUGCUUUUGUCUUUUUGACUUUCAUUGGCUUCCGUAUGCGCCGGACAAAUAUUAUUGAGUCGUCUGGACUGGCGUUGUUCCUUGCAUAUAACGUAUGGUUAUGUGGCGCCAAUCAGACAACAUUCUCAGAUGCGGGGUCACCCUAUGCGCCCCUUCUCUCCAACAUAAUGCCCCACCUUCAAACGCUUGUGAAUUUCAUCACCAACACCCUCCCAAAGCCGGUCCUUGUUGCGCUGUUCUACCGAUUGACAGUCUUGCAUUUUGCAUCUCGGAUAUUGCCAACCAUUGGUGCUGAUAGUUGGGAAUCCGAGGAUGGGGUCGAUGGCGGCUGGGAUGGGCGUCCGACAUCGAUUAUGACGAAAGUGCUUUUGACAUAUCGGCAACUCAUUUUUGUCAUGGUAUAUUCUCAUUUACUGCUGCUGAAUCCAUCGUCUCAAAUCUGGUGGCGAUGGGCAAACAUCUUCUUUACCCUCCUGUUAUGGUCUGUGGAGCUUGGCGUUAGUGCUGAUGAUGCCGAUAUGCCUAUGAAGUGGAAAGUGGAUUGA